AUGAGCCAUCACAACCUUCUCACGUCCGACAUUCCGGAGAUGGAUGACGCCGCUUCCAUGGACACUCCACUCAGCAACCCUGCCGGGCCUACCCGCGCCUCCACCACCACCAGCGGCAGAGGCAGAGGACGUGGCCGCUGGGCUCGCGUCAAGAAUGCCAGAGUCACCAAGACCGCUCAGCCGCGCGCUUCAGCCGGUCGUGGCCGCCGCCAGAAAGUCUACGACUCGCUCAAGAUCCAGGCCGCCCACGAGCGUGCCCAAGAACUCAAGCAGGCCUUCGCAGCCGUCGGGAAGCUGGUUAAGCCGGCAGUCCAGGAGAUUGCCGACCGUUCCAUCAACGAGCUGCUCGAGGACCCCGCUGCCUUCGAAAUGGUGCCCGAAUAUGCCACCACCAAGACUUUUCUCCGCAAGCGCCGCGACGACACCAUCAAGCUGGAAGAUGUCCGCCUCAAGCACCGCCUGGCUAUGAUAGAGCACGUCUACAAGGCCGAAUGCCAAAAAGCUCACGAGGCCUACACCACCAAACUCGCCGAGCUGUGCGAGGACAGAUACGGCCAGCUCCUACAACAACUCGACAUUCUCGAGUACCUCUUCAACAACAGGCUGCCUGUUGAUGUGAGUCCUAUCACCGAAGAGGACGCCAAGUGGCAGGGCGUCUUCUACCAGACCCGGGACGGCAUCGAGGUCCCCCACUCCGGCGAGACCAUCUCCCAGCUGAUGGUCAAGCCGCAGACCCUUCCGCUGGAGGCGCUGAAGCGGAAGGCGGACGGCCAGCCGGACGGCCAGCCGGCGCCCAAGGCGGCCGCCGUCGCCAAGGACGACGACGCGGUGGCCCCGAUGCCCCGCCACACGGCCGGCCUCCUCGGUGCCGUCGAGGCCAUCGAGGAGAGCGCGGCGACGACGCCAGACUCGGGCUCCAUUGCCCCGACGCCGACCCCCGCCGCCGAACCCGCCGAGGAAGCCGCCGCCGACCGGGCCCGCCAGCACGCCGCCACGGGGUCCGAAACCCCCGCGGACGGUCCCGACCUCCCAAUUCCCCGUGGCGCGACGGCGCCAGACGAAUACGGCGUUCGUCUCAUCUCGAGGAGGGCGACGCGCAUGGACCUGCCCAACAACAGGGUCAUGCUGCCCAACCUCUUCGAGUGGGACGACCUCGACAUCGGCUUCCGGGACUCGACCAACUGCGCCCAGAAGGGCGCCACCAAGCAGCGCCGCGGCAAGUACCUGGGCCGGCCCGGCUCAAACUUCAUGUUUGUGGACCGCCGGGCCGGCAUCUGGGACUCGACCCUGGCCGAGGGCGAGCUGGACGAGGAGCUGGUGAAGAAACACAAUCUUCACCCGGCGUACGGCCUCGCCCUCCCCAACUCGGUCAACGAGUGGGAGCCGCCGAAGCCCGUCGUGAGCGGUUGGAAGCCCGUCGUCUUCGUCGCCCCCAACGGGGACACCUUCCACUCGUCGCGGACCAUCGAGUCCGCCCGGAUCGACGCCGAGACGGACGCCGUCGAGACCCGGAUGAAGGUCGCGCACCUGGUGCGCACCUUCUGCGAGCAGGAGGGCAUCCCGGAGGAGGAGGUCGCGCCAGACCGGGAGCUCGUGCAGAGGAAGCGGGCAGAGGUGUUGGCCGCCCGGGGCAUCGACCCCGCCCAGCUCAGCGAGCCUGAGCCCUCCCCGCCGGCCGCGCCGUCUCCUGCGGCGGCCGAGCCGCCCGCCGCUGGAGACGCCGCCGGUCUGGCCCAAUUCGCCGACGCCGUCCUCAGCGCCGCCGCUGUCGUCGAUGCCGAGGAGGAGGCCGCCCGCAUGGCCGCGCCAAAGCGCGCCCAGGCGUCCCGCCCCUACGACGCCAUCCGGGACGUCUUCACCGACAGUCCCCCCACCCGCCACCCUUCUCCGCCCGCUCCGGCUGCCGUCGACACGAGCAGCCUCUCCUGUCUCGCAGACGCCGCCCUGCAGCCGGAGCCUCCCAUCGUCGCGCGGCCCGAGCCUCCGCGGACCAACGAUUUUCUGCGGACGGCGCUGAACACCGAGCCGCCCGCCUUCCAGCCCGCCAUGCCGGCACCUCCCCCUGGCCCGCCCCUCCCGCCGCCUCCGCCGCCUCCGCCGCCCGCGCCCGCGCCCGCGCCCGCGCCCGCGCCCACCGCAGCCCCCGGCCCCAUCCUCGCCCAAGCGCCGCAGCCGGCCUCGGGCCGAACUCCAUUUUCCAACCCGGGGACCGCCAAGGCCCUUCCGGCGCUGCGCCCCAUGCGGAGCCUGCUCAACGAGCCUCCGUCGCUCACCGAGCCGCAGGGCAGCACGGCUCUGCUCCACGGCACCAUGGUGACCUCGAACAGCGGUGCAUACUUCCCACCAGCGGCGAGCCGGCCUUACCAUAACAGCUACUCGCUCCAGGAGUCGUCGGCCCGCCCUAUGCAGCCGGUCAUGCCGCAGCAGCUGCUCGGCAACCCGCUCCAAGCGCCGCCCCUCGCAGCCGCGCCCAUGGGAUCGGCCCCUCCUCGGCGAAUGAGCCCAUACCCGGUCUCCCCCCCUCCUUACCACCCGCACGCUGUCCCUGCACCGGUGCCGCCAAUGGGGACCCAGCCCCCCCUCCACCUCCAAGGAGCGCCGCAGCCUCUCGCACCAGCAGCGAUCCCGAGCGCUCGCCCCCUUCCCGGCAGCUCCUCCGCGACGUCCGCCGCCCUGCCCCCAGCUUCGUCGAAAUACCGCAAGCUCGAACCAGCGCCGACUCCUCCCCAUCGGCUCUCGUAUUCCGGCAAUGGACAGGAGUUGCGGACAGUCCAGUUCGACUACCGCGAAGCGAUUAAGGAUUACACGCCAGUCGAAGCUCCGCCGCGGAGUGGUCCCACUCAGAUUAGGGGUUGGACCCACAACAACAUCAAGAAGGCGGCUCCCCGGCCGACCUCCUCUUCGUCCAAGGGCGACGCUGGUGGAAGCGCGGUGCCCGGCGCUGGUGCCAGCUCAGAUGAGCCGAAGCGCGCUCGGGAAGAUGACGACGACGACGAUAGAGCGCGGGAGAAGAAGGUAAAGGUGGCUGGUCCCACCCUCUCUUUGGCUCCUGGCCGUCCCCUGGCUUCGAAGCCAGCGUCGCAGCCCGGUCUUAUACCCCUCGCACCUGCGGCACACCGAGAGGCCAGCAGCACAACAAUGACCAUGCCUCCUCAACAAGCCCCCACCGAGCCAGCGACCGCCAACGAAGCUCCCGCCGCUGCCGCCCCGAACUCGCCGUCCGCCCAGCCGAACGUUCUCCAGCCCAAGAAGAGGUCGAGGACCCGGGCUCUGGCCUCUGCUCCGGUGCCGAACAGGAGCCCUUACAACUUGCGCCGCCGUCGCGGAGCAUAG